ACUCUUUAUUCAUGCGAUUUAUUAUUGCUUGAAAACUAUAGAAAAGAUGUGCAUAAUGCAGUACUACAGCAUCUCACAAAACCUCGCCAUUUUGAGUACCAGCCCCUCUGGGAUCAACAUGAAAAUAUGCGCAAAAGAUGGCAAAUCUCUCAUUCUCUAGGCAGAUUUCUAAACCAAUCUCAUGCACAUUGCCUUAUACACACACCAUCUUCUAGAAUCUUCAGGCAAAUAAUCAACCUCAAUAGGAGCCGCACCCUUCACACUGACUCAAACGUUUUGUGCGGUCGACCGCAUCCGUUGUCACUGACUUCCUGUGCUGAUAGAUAGCUUCGUUUGCUCUCACUGUUAGUGCGUGCUGGUGUAGUAGAUUAGGUGGCUCUCACGAUCAUAUUGUCUUUUUAAUCUCAUUGAGGAAAUUGCAAUACGAAACCACAGAGAAAAGAUGCAGUGGUGUAUGCACUAGUCUGUUAGAUUACUUUUGCAGCUAUAAUGGUUAUCAUUUUUUUUAAAUCUCUUGAUUGGAAUGACAUGACCUUCCCUUAAGUCAGGGUCAUUUUCAAAUUUCAUGACAAUCCGCUCAUUUGCUCUUUGCUCUCAAAAUGUCCUGUGAAAACGCCCCUGGGUAUUUGAACAUAUGCCAACACACGUGCAAGCGAAUGUGUUCUAUUCAAGAAUGGUCAUUUUGUUAUUCCUAGUGUGCCUCAAGUCAAGACACAAAGCUAUACAAGAGAGGGCGGUAUCAUUACUAUUACUGAUGUUAUUUUAUUAGAAAUUAUUGCUGCAUCAGCUGCAUCAAUUUUAUAGAGGUUCUUCUCUACUAACGUCCCAAGAGUUGUAAUAAAACUGACAUCUAUUUUUUUCCUGAUUUUCGACAUGCCAACCUUCGGUGCGUUGCUCACCUGCCAUUUAAGUAACUAUGAGAAAACCACAAUUAGAAAAAUAGAGAAGAACCUCUAUAAAAUUAAUGCAGCUGAUGCAGCAAUAAUUUUUAAUUAAACAUGUUUAAAGGAGGGUUUACCUCAAGCAUACUCUAAUACUAUUAUUACUAGAAUAUGCACCCUAUUCAGAUGGAACAAGACCACAAAAGGGGACAUUGACUUGAAGCUCACUAGCUUUCAAAAAGCAUUAGGGUGUUCAUUAGAAAGUGGUAACAAAAGGUAAUGGGAAAUACCGAAAGGUGGAUCACUUAUUAAGAAAGAAAAAAUAGAUUAACAAAUUAAUAAAUAAAAAAGGUAAGUAAAUCACUAAAAUACAAGGAGACUAUUGUUAGGGCAGUAAUGCAUUAUUACAUCUUCGCUUGAACUUCCGCUGGAGAUCCAACUGCAGGACAUCCUCAGAAGGGAGUCUGUUCCACAGUAUCCCAAUGGUGUGAGGAAGAAUAAAGGACCUCUGGAACUGAGAAGUUCGACAGCGAGGAGGCACAUUUACUGCAUAUUGGUGCUUCUGCCGUUCAGCGACUCUGGUAGCUCUUGGCAGGAAAAGGUGAUCAUUGAUCAAUUGUGAAUGUAAAAAUCAAUGUAACCUGUUGUAGGUUAUUUGUCCUUCAUGAGCUAGAAUACCGUUUUCUGGUGUGGAUGUCUGCUUCUGUCAGAGAUUUAUCUCGUUUAGAUAGAGAGGUUCGAGGUGGUAGGUUUCUGUUUCCUGUUUGUCAGUUUUUCAGUUCAGGUGCACCAAUAUGCAGUAAAUGUGCCUCCUCGCUGUCGAACUUCUCAGUUCCAGAGGUCCUUUGUUCCAUAUACCCUUGUGGGACCGUGGAAGGAACAGCCUCCCUCCCAACUAGGGAUGUCGUGUAAUUAGAACUCCAGCGGAAGUUCAGGCGAAGAUGCAAUGCAUUAAUACCAUAAAACAAUUCUCUUUAUAUUAUUUUAAUAAUCUACUUAAAUUUAUAUUCAUCUAAUAAUUUCUUAAUUUAUCUUUUUUUCUAACAACUGGUCUCUUCCAAGUCCUGAGACUCUGCACCAGUAUCAACUAUUAAGAGAUGAUCUAGUUGCUCUACAGCACUGUGUACAAACAGAUUCCUGGCACAAGUUAACGGACAGCAUCAACCAUCAAACAAGCUUUGGUUCCAUGUGGCACCUCGUGAACAGGAUUGUGAAGAAGAAAACCCCAAGUGUCCUCCACCACAGCCCUGCUCAGUAUGCACAGGACCUCAUUGAUGAGUGGUCAAUGUCACGAAUCAUCAACCCUCCUGCUCAUAUACAAGACUCACUUCACAAAAGAAAACCACCAUGCCCUCCAUCUCAUUACCGCCUUACUGAGCAGUGAUGAAGAGGACAAUGUACCCAUCAUUGAGGAAGAGCUAUGAUGUGCCUUAUCAAGGAGUAAGAAGUCAACUCCUGGUGAUGAUGGCAUCACCUAUACAGUCCUUGGCAUACUCAUAAAAGUACCUGGCAACACUAUCCUCCAGCUCUACAACUUCUGCCUCAGCAUAGGAUAUGUGCCACAAGCGUGGACUCAUAGUGCAAUUGUGCCCAUCCCCAAGCCCGGCACUGACAAAUUCCGGCCUAUCUCCCUACCUCCUGUUACUGCAAAGUAUUCGAAAGUAGUCUUCUCUCACACCUUAUGUUCUGACUGCAAGAGAAGCUUUGACCCAGACUAUAUGGCUUCCUACCCCAACGAGAAACACAUCAUUGUCUCAUGGAGCUCUACACUCAUCUCUCCCGACCAGUGUUGUAGCUUUCAUUGAUUUGAAAAGUGCAUUUGACGCCGCAAAUAAAGACAUCAUUCUAGACCAGCUCAUUGAUUUUGGAGUCAAAGGAAAUCUUUUGAGAUGGAUACGUGGUUAUCUACGAAAUAGAAUCUCUCGUUUGCUGUUUAAGGGAGAAUUGAGUACUGCAAAGGAACUUGAACUCAGUACUCCACAAGGUGGAGUACUUAGUCCAUUUCUGUUUAAAAUUCUCCUUCAUCGACUUCUUUCCCUUCUUCCUGACACUGAUAACACAACUAUCACUUGCUACGCAGAUGAUAUAUGCAUUCACUUAGGAUCUCCAGAUCACUUGCAACGCUUCCUCUCCUCCUACGAAUCAGUAUCCUCCUGUGGUGUCAUCAUCUCCCCAGAAAAAAAGUAGAAUCUUCUCCCCCCGGCCGGCAAGGUAUUGGCCAGAAUUUACCUUGGAGAACAAUGUUAUACCUCUGUACAAACCGUAUCUUUACUUGGGAGCACCACUGCGGAUAACACCUUCCAUUCCAGCAAGACAACGAGUACAUCCCAUUCUUCAAGAUCUGCUGGCCGGUUAUGGCGACGCCUGACUCCUCUCAAAUGGCUUACAAAUUAUUCUGCAGGAGUAUCUAUCCCAGUCGCCAGAACCAUAUACAUUACCCUCAUCCACUCAGUGGUAGAUUAUCUUUCCCCUGCACUAUGUCAACUCUCCAGAUCAACCCUACAGCCUAUCCAAAAAUUCUAGAACCAAGCAAUGAGACUCAUCCUAGGCGGUCCAGCCUCCCCUAGAAUUGUAAACAUGCAACAUGAACUCCGUCUCCCACCACUUAUUGAGAGAAUAUACUCCAAUGUCACCUACUUCAGUAUCAAAUGCCUGUAUUACCUUCACCUUUCUCUCCACUACUCUUACAUCAUCAGGACUUCUCUGGAUCUAGAUGUGCCUCAUCCACAACUAUACCAGGGGGGGCGUAUACUAGUCAGUACAGUCUGCUCAAGCAUUUGGGAGCUUGACAUCAACAUCGUGGCAGAGGAUGUGGAUCAUGGCCUUGCACCCUGGCAGAUUCCUGUGCCAGCAAUCUCUAACACUCCAGGCUCCAAGACUGACUUGCCUAAACUUCAACGACAACGUGCAUCGGAGACCAUCGACAGACUGUCCUCAUCCCUCAGUAUAGCCCACCAUUACUACAUGGACAGUUCCCUGCAGCAGGAUAGCAGUGCUGGCUGUGCUGUUUUCUCCCCCAUCUUAAAACCCCCGCAAGAGGGCUGGACAGGCCGUCGCCUCCCAAAGUCAUCAAGCUCCACGUAUUGUGAACUGCAUGGACUUCCAGAUGCAGUUACUUUGAUCACAUGGACCAGAAACAACGGCCUGAUCAUUUGUGACUCAACAGCCAGCACUCUGAGCCCUCCUGUCACACAAACCAGCAUACCAACUCCUGGUUACACAAAUACUUGGACAACUAGACACAGCCAACAUGAGCUCACUGGUAGUACACUUCCUGUGGACUCCCUCUCAAGUAGGACAUCUGGCUAACAGCACCGUUGACCAUCUUGCAAAGGCUGCCUGCCAACUGGAUCCUCCAGAUGCCCAUAAUCCAACUCCAUCUCUCCUGUGCUGUGAGAAGAUGGUGUGCCAGGCUGCCCAGUCACCCACCCAUCAUCAUAGUAAUGCCGAGGGGCCACCAGUGUAUCAAUACAGCACUGUGACCACUUCCUUCCUCACCAACACAAGUAUUGCCGCAAUGGACUCAUGGUUCGUCAACAUAACGUUGUGUGUGCGUCUUUGGCAGGAUUGGCGACCAGUUUGGCUAGUGGCUGAGCAAGAUGGGGUUCCUCAAUUUUCCUUCUGUAGGCUAUGUGACGCCCCCAACGCCAACACCCUGGAACACUAUUUCGUGGAAUGUUCACUUGUUAUCAAUUUAUUGCCUCAAACAUUCACAGUAGUUGUUAUAUGUAAACAAUUGUUGACAGAUAAUAAUUUGCUUGAUGAAAUUCUCAUGCGCCAUCCUCACUUUGGUGGAUACUGAACAAACAUUACAAUUCAUCAAAUUGACUGGGUGUGAAAUUAACUAAAGAUAGGUAUAACCUACCUAUAAUGUCAUUGGAACAUUUGUAAUAUAGUUAGACUUCAGUUACAUUUAUUUUGUAUUCCAUAUGAAUUCUUUUGGUAUACCCUAAUUACCAUAUAUAUGUAAACAACAUUAUUGUUACUAUGUAGUACCUGCUAAAAUGUCUGACGCCAAUGUUACUUCUUUCAAAUGAACGCCAUAUGCUUUGGAAACUUGAAUUUCAAGUUAAUCACCCCUUAGGUGGGUUUGUUCCACAUGAAUAGGGUUCAGCAUCUGAAUAAUAAUAAGAAUAAUGAUUAUAGUAAUCAUUGCCAACAGACUAUUAUCAUCACUAAGAAUUCCACUAAUGUGUGUUUACGAACAGUAGUACUGGGACCUUCAACUUGACUGAAUUUCACAGAAUACGAGCAGGAUGGCCGUGCUGAAAAGUCACACAUGAGCGAUCAGCACUGCCUUAACAGGCUUAUGUACGUAUGUGGCCCAGUCUUACAACUAAAUAUUUUGCAUCCUGUUGCAAGAUGCCUACUCUGCUGUUAUCGAAAACAUCUUUUAAAAGUGUUUUGAAAGAUAUGGUUGUACAAGUGUAGACUAUACAUAUUUGUGUGGCAAUAACAUGGCUUCAUCAGCACCAAUUGUAUCUCAAGAAGCGCUAAGAAAUUUCAGAUAUCACUACCUUGUGACACAUUGGGGAAAGAAGGUUUUGUUUAUGUUAUUUAACUAUAGUUUUCUCCACGGACAAGCCAAGUCAAUCUUAGAGAUUCUCGAGGAAAAUGACAUACGACGUAACAAGAAAUUAUUAAACAAAGAUGAAAUAAAUAGUCUUGAAACUAAAUCUCCAAAGUGCUUUGACAUCACGCUGAUGAACAAAAUCUUCUAUUAUCUUUGGCAGAAAGGAGUCAAAGACCCUGGCGAUGAACUGAAAGAAUUAGUCAGAAAAAUCAAAGCUGAGAGGGACUGUGUUAGCCAUGAAGAUUGUAGUAUGUCAGAUACAGAUUUGGAGAAUAAACUCGGAGCAUUUCAAGCAACACUCGAGGAAACUCUUGACAAAACCAAGUCUCUCUUUCCAGAUCAGGAGGAUGAAAUUUAUCAACUCAAAGCCGAGAUCAAUAAAGCUGUUCUAGAGCUGCUGAGAAAGAUCCGUGAGAACUAUGAUCUCUCAGAGUCACAGGAUGUGGAGUCCCUUAAGCAGGAAGUAGAAGAUUUCUGGAGUGAGUGUUCUGAACUAGUGCAAAAGUGUUCUCGAGAAGAAUUAUGGUCUCUUUACAAAGAUCUCUGUCAGAUUUUGCCCUUUGACCAGCUAGCUCAGUGUGGUUUUCAAGACCCAUGUAGUUUCCUUAUUUCCUUAAAAGUGGAGCAUGACAGGCAGUUCAAUCAAAAUUACCGUGGCAUUAGAUGUACCAUUCUAAAGCAGCAAGAAAUUUUUGACACAUAUAAAACGGGAGAUGACCCUGUAGUUUUUAUUAUAUCUGGUGAUGCAGGUUCUGGAAAGACCACAAUUCUUUGUUCCUUUGUAGACCACUGGUAUAAGGCGACAGCAGAUAUACAACAACUCUCAGACUUCCAAACUCUGCUCUAUAUGCAGUUCAGAAAUCGUGACUAUAACAACUUUGAAGACUACCUUAGAAGUUUGCUGAAAGAGACUGUGAAGCGUUAUGAUUUCACUCAUGUACUGUCAUAUAUCAUUGGUUCAAAAUGUCUAAUACUUUGCGAUGGGUAUGAUGAGGUUAAUGGGAAUUCCAAGAAACUCUUUGAAGAAAUGUUAACACUUAAAUGGAGGGACGUAAAGAUUGUCGUGACAACACGUCCAUGGAAUACUGAUGAACUAACAAAUAUUGUGAACUCCGGAAACCGUAGCAAAGUCAACCUCAAUGUUUUAGGUCUUCAGGAAAGGGAGUUCCACUUGCUCAUAGAAAAACUCACGGACUGCCUGGUGAAAGAUGAUCAAGAAAACAAAAAAGUGAAAAUGGAGCUGUGUCAGAAAGUAGAAGAAAUGAGCUAUAGGACUAAAGCACUCCUGAAAACACCAAAAAUUUUUACCAUGUUCAUUUUUCUUUACAUUGAUAGUCCAGAUUUAAGGGAUGAACUGAAAACCAAGACAUCAAUUUACAUGCAUUUGAAAAAGAACUUAAACAAGAAAAUCAUAAAAGAGACAGGAAUUUCUGAAAAAUCAAUGGGGGAAUUCAAUGAAUUGUACAGAAAAUGGUCUCUGAAAUAUUACAUUGAGAAAAAAUUUGAAUGGACAGAGAGAGAUAUCAAAAACUUUAAAGAGGAGAUUAGAUCUCAAAUCAGUUCUCAAGAUGUACUGCAAAACUUUCGUGCUCUCAUGUCAUCCUAUUUCUCCAUAAAGCAUAGAUAUGAUGGUCUACAGAUUGUCAACAUAUACUGCUACGCCCACAGAAGUGAGCAAGAGUUUGCAAUUGCUGUCGACCUCUGUGAUGAGAUAUCAGUUCGAAUGCAACAAGGAGGAGACUUUCCUCUAGAUGCGGCACUGCAGUCAAAAGGGUUAACCGAAUCUUCAAUUUUUCAUGACAAAGACGUGCUUAAGGAAUUGAUAGGAGUCAUUUCCUUCAUACCAGGAAUACUCUACCAGAAAUGCCCCAAGAGUGAUGCAUUAUACAACCAAAUAAAGGACAUUCAAAAACUCUAUGUCACAUACAGCCUCUCUAAAAACACGCAUGAUGAGGUCUUGGAACCAUGCAUUGAAACUAGAUUGGACGAUCAAGUUUUGCAGUCACACGUGUCACUGCUGGAAAAAACGCCCCUGAAGAAGUCCAUGGUAUUCCUGAGAGCAGAUGGUCUUUUCGUCCUGCCACCCUUACUGUCUCAACUGAAGCCGGGCCGUGUUGAUUUUGAAGAGAUAUGGAGAGAUCUUUCGAAGUUCAAUGAAAUACUAGAUGUUGCCGUCACUCAUGGCAUUAAGACUAGGAUUUUGUUGUGGAUCGAUUUAAAAGUCUCUGCAGCAUUUAAAGGAGAGGUUUCGCAUCCAGUGGAUGAUCUAAGAAUUGACCUUGUCAACUUCGGGAACACAAUUGAGGAUCAAAGCCUAUAUCCCGCCUCGCUCAUGAGAUUAUCGAAGAAUCUGAAGCUAGUGUACCAUCUGGAGACAUACACGCAAACCAGAGACACUGUCGCCAUCAUCAACAGGACGUUCCCAAGCGUAGGGAAAGGAGAUGUUAAUGCUUUCAUUUUCGCAAAUGAAGUGUGUGAUAUACGUGAACUCAUCCGUGACCUGACCAUUGCGCCUCUACUAAAGACAGUUGAUGUUUACGCGCGUCGUGAGGAAGUAGGUUAUGAAGACUUUCAAGAGUACUGCAAGACUGAUGGGGUCGUACAUCUGCGCGUUUUUAAAUAAUGAGAGUGAAGUUACAGACUACAUCUUUAUGGAAGAGAGUGAAAAAAAGCUGACUGUUGGUUCUUGUGAAAGUCUUUCGGUCAAAUACAAAUGGUGUCUUUUAUCCUAUUGGUCUUUUUCACCUGUUCAAAAUCUUCAUUAAGAGAGAGAGAGAGAGAGAAUAAGACCUUGUCCUUUCACUGCUGAGUCGUAG